AUCACCAUCAGGGUAUGGAUUCAAGGCCAGCCCGAGCCCGAGCCCGAGCCCGAGCGGUGCCAUAUAGAUAUUCCUGAGAUUUGAGAGCAUACCUCCGAAAGCGGAGGCGUUGCCGUGGCCGGGGUCUUUCCUCUCCUCUCGGCAAGCAAACGUCCGUUUCUAGUCGGAUUACGAUAUCCCAGCGUUAUUCCAUGGCCGACCCCUCCGACGAUCUCGACCAACUCCUGGACAGCGCUUUGGACGACUUCACCAAGCUCGACCUUACUCCCUCUCCAAGGAUCGGUGGUGUUGGAGAUGGGAAAGGAGGAGGAGGAGGAGGUGGUGGGGGAGAGGGAAGGGCUUCUAUGCCUCCUUCUUCUUCGGUACAGGGAUUGGGGAUGGGGUUGCCGGACCUGAAGGCGAGGGGGAAGGGGAAGCAGCGGGCUCCUCCCAAGGGAUCCCACGCCUCCGAGGCGCUCGAGAAAUUGACUCAGCAGACUCGCGAGGCCGUACGGGGGCUGGAGUCGGCCACCGCCGCGGUCCCGAGAAGCGAGGAUGGGUUGGAUAAGGAGGCCAUGGUUGAGGACUUUGUCAAGCAGUUCGAGGAGCUCGCUGGAUCUCAGGACAUGGAAUCUAUUGUUGAAACUAUGAUGCAACAACUUUUGUCUAAGGAUAUUCUCCAUGAACCUAUGAAGGAAAUUGGAGAAAGAUAUCCAAAGUGGUUGGAGGAGCACAAAAGUAGAUUGACCCAGGAAGAAUACGAUCACUAUCAUUGCCAAUAUGAACUCAUACUAAAGCUGAAUGAUGUUUAUGACAAUGAGCCUAACAAUUUCUCUAAGAUUGUUGAUCUCAUGCAGAAAAUGCAGGAAUGUGGCCAACCUCCCAAUGAUAUUGUUCAAGAGCUUGCUCCUGAUCUUGAUCUAAACAAUCUGGGCCAAAUAUCCCCGGAGAUGCUCCAGUCGGCAUCCAAUUGUUGUAUAAUGUAAAUUGGGCAUCGUCCCUCAGUCUAUCAAACUUUUUGCUCUUCUUCCCUUGGGAUGUUGAACAAAAGUUUUUUACUUUAACGUCUGGUAUCCUCUUCCAUUCUUUCACGUGAAAAAUUUUAUCAGCGUAGCUUACUUAACCAUGUUAAUAUUUCAAGUUUGUAGUCUUUUCGGGGUUUGUAAUGCCCCAUUUGAGUUGCUUGCUACAUUGUAACAUGUGACAAAACAUCGAAAGAGGAAAAGCUCGACAUCCAAUUGUCGGACUGUUCAGAACCAACAGAUGGAUACCGUGGAACCAAA